AUGCCGGACGGAACCAGAUUCGUCAGCGCAAGGAAGAUGCGCAACGGAGGCAUCGAACUCGAGCUCAACAGCGCGGAAGCAGCCAAAUGGGCGAGAGGUACGCACACAAGCAAGAGACUGGCUGAGAACUUUGGAAACAGCGCAACCAUCAAAGCACCCGGAUACGCAGUCCUCAUAGAAAACGCACCGCUCUACUUCAACCCCGACGACGACGACGAGGUCACCAAGGUAGCAAGAGCGAACAGCUGGGAAGAACAAGACAUCAUCCGAGUAAGAUGGAUCAAAGACCCAACCAGACGACACCUGCAACAAACGUCUGCGCACAGAGAAGAUCGCUAA